AUGCAGGACAAGGAAGUGAAAGAGGCGGUGCUUGGAGUCCUGGGCGCAGCCGGCAAAGUCGACUUUGAACCCUUGAAAGUGGCGGAGGGGCACAUCAGAAUAGCCACCAUAUAUGCAGACAAAACGGCAGCGGCCCAGCUAAACACGUUGAAACGGGUCUGGGUGGGUGUAGCCUCAUGCAGAUUGAGUAAGAGGGUGGAAAUAAUCAAAUGCAGAAAGUGCUGGGAAAUACAGGAAGACGGCCACAAGUGCAGGGAAGAUGUGCCCAGAGAGAAACGCUGCUUCAACUGUGAAGAAGCGGGACAUCUGAAGAACAAGUGUCAGAAUAACAAAAAAUGA